CCUUGAGAUACACAUGGAAGUUAAAAAAGCAUGGCGAAGCAGUUUUCGAGAAUAAAGAUUAGGCAAAGUCACAAGUUGAUUAAUUUAAAUUUUCAUAAGAUUGCAAAGUGUUAUUUGCAUAAAAUGGCAUCGAGUGUGAUUAAUGAGGAGGAACUACGUGCUUUUUUGAUGACAUCCGAUGAAGAAAUCGACCAAAUAACAAGUAUUUCUAAUUUUGAAAAGUAUGAAGAUCCAACGAACUUUGAAGUUUGUAAUGAAUUAGUUCAAUUAAUUAAAUAUGAACUGAAUAAGGAAUGCGAUUCGUAUGUAAUUGGUCCACGAAAAAUGGGUCUCAGUGAAGGAAAAGCCGAAAUUGCUAUUUUCUUGGAUAUCGGUCAAGAUGGAUUUUUUUCUGAUAGAAACUAUAAAAAAAACAUCCAGGAAAUCAAAAUAUUGGAAGGACUGUUACGAAAGCAAUCCAAAUGGAGAAUUUUGCGUUUAAAUCAUGCAUUGCCAUCGCUUAAUGUCAUUUAUCGUCCAACCAAUCAACGAUGUGAUUUAAGCGUUACUAAUGGAUUUAGUGUCCAAAUAUCUGAAAUGAUUGGACAUUUUUUCAGGAUUCAACCGGAAGCUGUUAAAUUUUAUCAUUUCAUUCGUAUCUGGCUACGAAUCAACGGUAUCAACUUUAAAGCAUUUACUUUGACUUUGCUAGUCAUGAACUAUUUGCAGGAAGCCAAUCUUAUGCCAACUGCUUUUAAUGCUCAAAAGAACAUCAAUCAAAACUUUAUCGAAGGCAUUCCCGUAAUUUUUGAUCCCGAUCGCGACAUAUGUAGUUAUAGCGUAAAAAAGAUGCCUUAUUAUUACGUCCACAUUCGUGGUUUCUUUCGUUACUACGCAAGUUUCAAUUUCGCUGAAAACGUCAUCAGCACUUACUAUGGAUAUCCAGUACAAAAAGAAGAGUACCAACCAAGACUUGAUUAUGAUUCACCAAUGUGCGUUGCAGCUUUCUUGAACCAAAAGUGCAACAUCUCGCGAUACGUAAAAGAGGAACAAGUGGAGAAUUUCACGGCAGUAUGUCAUGCGUCAUACAAGUUUUUGAUUAGAAAUAACUACUGAUCUGAACAAGCCUCAAUAUCGGAGAGGUAGGAAAAAAAGCGAGCAAAACAAAUGAAUUAAGAGAAGAAGAUCUCUGAGAAAAUUAUAAAUUUGUAUUCAUGUGAAUAUUUUUUUUUGUAAGUUAUUAAAACGCCAAUGGCUCAACUUGCUUUUCUAUUUUGCUCAAUAAACACAUGGAAUCACUCAC